AUGGCCAAGCCACAGCGGUAUUUCUCUCACUGGCUGGCUGAAAGAUUUCGCGCUAACAACGAAGCAGUCAACCAGGGCGACCCUAUACCACCUUCGAGAAGUCUUGGUGCUUCGGAGGAAUACUCGCCGACAUACGCUCAUGGGCUCUCAGAUAUCAAGAGUACAAGUUCAGCUUUCCGAGGAACUUCCGAGUGUGUGCAACACAAUGCCGAUGUCGGUGGUACUUUUGGAUAUCUGGACUGCGAUAUUCAGCACACCUUUCACAUCGGAUUGGGCAUGGAACGUGCCCGCGGGCGCAACUACCUCCCGCUUACCGGAGGAAACUCUGCACCAGUAAUUUGGUCAGCCGAGCUGAUGGAAAACCUCUCUGACGGAAUGGAACCCAUGACCCACCAGGCUGGAAUCGACAACAUCACUGCCAUUUUGGUGCGGGACCCUCAGCCUACUGCGAGAUUCCACUCGACGCGCUCGAUAUUCGAAGAUGGUCCGCACUUUGUUAGCGAGGUUGAGAAUGAACAAGUCGUCAAACACCCUGCGGCAAUUGAGCGGUGGCCCGUGGUAAUGUGGCGUGCCGACCACUUUAUGCUAUGGCUGUCUUCUGUCAGCAGCUACCUUACUCGAUCUACGCUCGAUCUUGGCUCUUCAACAUUCCUCGAAUUUCUACAUUGA